UCUUAGUAAUACAAAUAAUAUUUUUUUUAGUUAUGUAUAUUAGUAACAAAGUCACAAUCUUAUAUAAUACACUUAAUUUUCAACAAUUUGCUAAUAUAAUCACUACAAUGAUGUUUUGUGUAAUAUCAUCCUAAGCACACCAUUCAGAGCAACAUCCUGUCCUUCUGUAGACGGGAGAAUGUGAGAAAUGUGAGAAGAUUUUCAAAGGACUGUCUCAAUUAACAUGUAUUUAGGAAGUAAAGUGUCCUGACCGGCUGGAGGGAGUGCCUUCAUGUACCCCGCCUAGUGAUGGUGCAGACAGACCACGUGUAGACAGGCACAGGAAAGAGUCACACAUGUUUAACAGCUUCAGUUACAGUAACACGCUCUGAUCUGCUGGGUUCUUGAGAACACAGUCACAUGGUUUGAAAAGAAAAAAGGCAAGAGGAGGAGGAGGUUGAGACCGGAUAGCAGCAUGCUUACCUGGCAAAGUGUUAGUCUCACGUUAGACUCACCAAUGAAUUUACCUGACACUUCUGUGCACUUGCGCACCUGUUGGAGGAACUGAAAGGACAUGACACAGAACGGCACUGUAGCCGGCAAUGGCACUCAAACUGAUUCUCUCAAAAUUGUGAUCGUCGGAGACGGAGGUUGUGGGAAAACAUCUCUGCUUAUGGUGUACGCCAAAGGAGAUUUCCCAGAGAAAUAUGCUCCGUCUGUGUUCGACAAAUAUGUCACCACUGUAUCCUAUGGAGGGAAAGACAUUCAGCUGAAUUUGUACGAUACGGCAGGCCAGGAGGACUAUGAUCGCUUGAGGCCUCUGUCGUAUCAAGAAGUAAACCUUGUUGUCAUCUGCUACGAUGUGACCAAUCCGACGUCGUUCGACAAUGUCACGAUAAAGUGGUACCCAGAGGUCCGUCAUUUCUGCCGUGACGUCCCCAUUAUCUUAAUAGGGUGCAAGACAGACCUGCGAAAGGACAAAGAGAAGAUGAGGAAGCUCAGAGCUUUAGAUCUGGCGCCCAUCACCUACCUCCAGGGUGAACAGAUCCAGAAGCAAAUGAACCUCGAGAUAUACCUGGAGUGUUCGGCUAAAUAUAGAGAAAACGUAGAGGACAUUUUCAGAGAGGCAACCAAGCGAGCGCUAGCGGCCAGAGCUAAAGCAAGACAUCAUCACAAGAAGAAGAAACGCUGCACCAUUCUGUGACCGCUGCCAGAAGAACACACUUGUUCAAGUUUUGUAUAUAUGAACUCGGAUAUUCUGUUAACAUCCGCAAAGCUUCUCACAAUUGUUUAAGUUUUCUCAAAGGAAUAUUUUUCAGGACAUGUGGCAUGCGUAUUCUCACAAUCUGUCCACCAAGCAAGGCUUAACUGUUUGACAGAAGUCACCAGGGUGUGUGUGAUAAGUCUGUAAUGGGCCACGCCACAUCCUUCUGCUGGAGUUACUGAUAUGACUUAAUGGAAUUUGGUCUGCCAUGAUUGUGGAUCCAAUAGGAGAUGGAAAAACUGCUGCUGAUGUCUCAGGGAUGACUAUACAUAUAUCACAUGGUCACAUUUUUUAAAUUUGGUUACAAUCUGUGUUGUUUAUAAUGGUAACGCACAACUAUCUGAGAUACCUGCCACUUACACUGGGUGUAACAUGUUUCUGUUGUGCAAUGCAUGGUACUGACUUACACAAUAGUUGCAGUUGCAGAGUCUAUAAAGCUUUCUGAAAAAAAAAGAAAAAAAAAUUGGGCUAUGGUGUACAAAAAAAUCCUGGAGAUUUCUAUGUGUAGACCACCACCAUUUACAACAUUUUAACUGGAAUUUCACUUUUGUUUCUUUCAGUACUGGGAUUGUAUCUCUUUUAAUUUUUUCAGAUUUAAUUUUGCAUGACUCAGUUUUCAGAUAUUAGGCACACAUAUGAGUGAGAAUCUCUGAUUCUUUGCAAAACAAACUUGGUCAGAAUACAAUAGUGAUCUUGUGGUUAGAGCAAAAACUCCUGUUUUGCAGGAUGCGACUGCGGUAACGGAAGCUGUCACGGCUACGAAGCCAAGAAUGAAAUGUUACUUAUAAAUAUAUAAUUUAUUGUUUUAUAUAUUGUAUUCCAUGAAGAAGAAGAAAAAAGCAUUGAGAAAAUCGCCUUUAAAAUGGUCCAAAUGAAGUUCUUAGCAAUGCAUAAGCCUAUUACUAAUCAAGAAUUAAGUUUUGAUGUAUUUACGGUAGGAAAUUUACUAAAUAUCUUCAUGGAACAAGAACUUAGCUACUUAACAUCCUAAUGACUUUUGGCAUAAAAGAAAAAUCUAUCAUUUUGACCCAUACAAUGUAUUGUUGGCUAUUGGUACAAAUAUACCCCUGCUACUUAUGACUGCUUUUGUGCUCCAGGUCACAUUUCAGUCAGGUAGCAGGAACAUACUAUGUUCUAAUAAUAAGGUGGUACAUUUAAUUUGAUUGUGAUUUUCUAAUUAAACGAGUAAUUAAAAAAAAUAAAUUUUGCUUAUAGUAUCUUUUUUUUUACCUCCAAUGUAGAAGCACAUGCUUCACUCUUGCGCCCUCUGGUGGUGAAGGCCUAAGUAAUACACAAGGCCACACAGCUUGAGUCAGAUUGAAUUUAUUUGCUCUAUACUAGCAACAGAAGGUGAAUAGAAAUCCAGCUUAAUAUCUAAUCGGCCCUUUUGAAACCUCCUCUUCCUCCAGUCCGAAGGCUUAUUUUACGUUUAAGCAAAAAGUGCAGUUAUUUCAUUCAACACAAAACACUGAUGAAAUCACAUUGUGAAUUGUGACAACUGUAACGCAUGAUUUAUGCAGUAGUUAAUUGUGCAAUAAAGCAUUUCCCAACAUGAGAAAUCCUUUUAAUUACAGCUUUUUGCUUCAAGUACAGUUCACUGA